AUGUCGACAUCGAAGCCUUCCUUCGACUCCCUACCUCUCCAACAAGACGGCCCUCGAGGAAAUGCCUGGGGUCUUUUCGGAGACCAAGAUCAGUUGGGAAAGUUGAAUCUCCUUACGCCCGAAAAUACAAUUGCUGCAGCGCGCGAGAUCACUGAUGGUGUACGAGUAUCAACUGACUGGGCGCUGGAUAGCAUGGCUAUACCUUGUUUUGGACGGUCGGCAUUUCAGCACACAGUCAAAAACAAAGCUCCUCGACCAGUGAAUGAUGAUGUAUUAACCUUCAACACGCAAAGUAGCUCUCAGUGGGAUGGAUUCCGACACUAUGGCUCGAAAGAAGGUAGUUACUACAACGGAUGUUCCUUGGAGGAUAUCCAAACAUCGACUCGGAAUGGAAUCCACGUCUGGGUCGAAAACGGUGGCAUAGUCGGGCGUGGGGUACUUCUCGACUAUGCUACGUGGGCCGAAGCCAAGGGAGUCGCCGUGAAUUGCUUCACAACUCAGUCUAUUCCUCUAUCGACCCUCCAGGAGGUAGCCACCAGCCAGAAUGUUUCUUUUAGGCCAGGCGAUAUAUUAUUCAUCCGAACGGGGUGGACACGAGCAUAUGAACAGCUCUCGGCGGCCGAAUGCCAACAGUUGGCAGACUUCAAAGCUCCACCGGUCAUUGGAGUUGAAUCUUCGAAAGAAAUGCUACGAUGGAUCUGGGAUGAAGGAUUUUCCGCAGUUGCAGGCGACAUGCCGAGCUUUGAAGCUUAUCCAUGCCAGAAUCCCGACUAUUUCCUGCAUGAAUGGCUCCUGGCGGGCUGGGGAUUGCCGAUCGGCGAACUGUUUGAUUUAGAGCGCCUCAGUCAAGAAUGUCGUAAACGCGACCGUUGGAGUUUCUUUUUCAGCAGUGUGCCAUUGAAGGUUCCAGGGGGUGUUGCAAUUGCAAUCGUUGCCGUAACCGUAAGACGCGAUGUGCCGGGAAUCCGCCGCUCCCUUGUGCUGCAUGUUCGCAAGCGCGAGCUUCUCGAGGUUGAGCCCACCAGCCAGCAGGAGAUCUCAAAUAUCCCAUCCACCGCAUUGGCAGUGACACGCCCAGAGGGAGAAGUACCCUUGGAACGGGAUGACUGGUGGUAUAAAGGAACUGAUAAUCUAUUUUUAAACCGCUCGGGGGAACAUCAAUUCGUCGGAGCAUCCUCAACUACUCAUUUAGCAAAGCGUCUAAACCCCAGUUCAACAAACCUUGCGUGGGAUGUGCGCCCACUCUACGAUGACCCAUCAUCCUUGCGACGACCAGUUGAAGAUGCUCUCCCUCAACUACCACCAGUCCAGUUUGCCAAAAGACUCUUCUGGGUACAGUAUGCCUAUAUUGGCACAAUAUUCUCACUGAUUCAUCCUGCUCAAUUUGAGGAGCGACUGGAAUAUGUCUACCACCAACCUCAUGAUUUCUCUCACCGAGAAACAUGUCUAAUAUAUUGUCAGGUGCUUCUAGUCAUGGCCUUUGGACUAAUGUACUCUGUGAAUCAAUGGUCUGGUGAUGACGGGCCACCAGGCUUCAAAUAUUUUAAGCACGCGCUGCGCUUCUUACCUGAUAUUCACGAAGAAGGCUCGAUAUUCUUUGUGGAAGUGCUGUGCUAUGUCGCAUACUAUAUGCAGAAUCUCAACCGCCGCGAUGCAGCGUUCCUCUAUAUUGGACUUGCUCUCCGAAUGGCUAUAUCUCUUGGUCUCCACCAAGAGGUGUCUAACCCAGAUAUCAGCGAAGCUGGUCGGAAUCGGAGACGGCGAGCGUGGUGGUCGGUUUAUAGCUUGGACAGACUACUUUCCGUUAAGUCUGGGAAUCCAAUCACCCUCCAUGACGAAGACAUUGGCACUACAUGGCCAUCAACACCAGACGGAUCAACACCUGAUGCAUGGCCAUCUAUUGUGUUGAUACAUUAUACACAAUUGUCUCGAAUCCUGGGGAGAAUUGGCGAAGAGAUUUAUCGAAAGAAGCCUCGAUCGGGCUCAAAUCUUAUAAUGUCUGUGCAAAGCAUCACAGACGAUCUAUCAAGCUGGCUUAGAAAUGCCCCCGAUGGCCUACGAAUUGAUUUUAGCACCCUUGAUAGCCAUGUGAGUCGGGAGACAGUAUCAAUCAACCUACACUUCUAUUCAUGUGUGAAUAUGACCGCACGACCUUUGGUAUUCUACGUUAUUCAACGACGUAUUGAUGCAGGAUUGCUUGGGAAAACCGAAGAUUGGAAGGAAGGACUGGCAUCUAAUACAGUCGCUGUGAUCGACAGUUGCAUCACAGCUGCCCGUGCCACAACACUGAUCAUGGAUGCAACUGCAAAAAAGAACUUAAUAGCUACAUAUGGUUACCUUGAUGGCGAAUACAUAUUCUCCGCCGCACUACUACUUGUCAUGGUCAAUGCCGCAUUCCCAUACAACGAAAUAAAUGCUCGGGCAAUGGAAACCGCACUCAACUUACUUCGCAGCGUGGCUGAUAGAGGGAAUUCAUACCUAUCUUCCCGCCAUUCAUUGUUACUAGAGCUUCGAGCAGCGCUUGGCCCUCGGCCCAAUGCCUCUGCAAAUAUCGCCGACAAUAAGAAUAGCUCUACUUCAAAAGGUCCAACCACCCCUACAAGCAACCAAGCACCGAGCCCGAGCUUUCAGGAAGGGAACGAUAUUCCUCCUAUUCCAGACGAUGUUUGGCAAAACCCACCCGAAUUUCCCUCAAUCCAGGAUAUCUCAUUCCAAUUUGACCCCAAUGAUGAUUCAGCGCUUUGGGAAGGAGCUUUACAUCAAAUUGAUAUUGACAUGGAUACUGACUGGAUCGAGAAUACUCUCAGGCGAUAG